AUUAUCAGUUAAUGCAAGCGGUCUGGCAACGCCCUCAUCAGCUGUCCAACAAGCAAAUUGAUAAGAUUUCUCCCAUGUUUUUCGGUUGAGGUUGAGGAGAAGAUUAGAGGUCAGGAUCGGCGAUCGAACGAUUUUAUCUUCAAGUGGAAUUUCGUCAGCUAAAUUUACGGUUUGACAGCAAUGAGCAGCAUGGAUGUAAAGGAACUGGAAGUAAACAAAACCCUGCCCUAUGACCCCUCCCUGCUUAAGGUGAACAUCUCGCUGCGGCAGGUCGAGGAGAUCGCCUUGACGGUGUCUCAGCGAUGCCAUGUCACCGGAGCCAACGAAAUCGCCUGGGCGCUGAGGGCUCUGAUGCUGACAGAUCUGACCACUUUGGCGGGCGAUGAUACGGCUGCCAAUGUGCGAAGACUGUGCCUACGCGCCUGCUAUCCCUUCGAGCCGCAGUUCUUCGACAAGUUCUUCGACCGGGCUCUCAUCUCAGAGAUGCACACUGCCGCCGUUUGCGUUUAUCCCGCCAGGGUAAAGGAUGCCUAUUUAGCUAUCCAACAGUACGACAAACUGGAUAAGGUGGCUAUUGCAGCUGUGGCCACGGGCUUUCCCACGGGCCAGUACGGCCUGCAGACCCGAUUGCAGGAGAUCAGCCAUGCCAUUCUGGCUGGAGCCACAGAGAUCGACAUUGUGAUCAAUCGCCAGUUGGCCCUUGUUGGCGACUGGGAGGCCAUGUACAACGAGGUGGUCCUUAUGCGCAGUGCCUGUGGACAAAGGGCUCACCUAAAAACAAUUCUGGCCAUCGGGGAGCUGGGCACCAUGGAUAAUGUCUACAAAGCAGCCAUGGUUUGCAUGAUGGCCGGAGCGGAUUUCAUCAAGACCUCCACGGGAAAGGAGACGGUCAACGCCACAUUGCCCGUUGGCCUGGUCAUGAUAUUUGCCAUACAGGAAUUCAAACGACGCACGUGCCAGAUUGUGGGCCUUAAGCCAGCCGGAGGAGUAAAGACUGUGCGAGAUGCGAUCGCCUGGAUGACGUUGGUCAACGAAACUCUUGGCAUCCGCUGGUUGCGUCCCGAGAGGUUCCGUUUCGGAGCCUCCGGAUUGCUGGACGACAUUGAACGCGUUGUGCGUCAGGGUGUCAAAAAACUGGAGGAGGAGGAGGCUCAGAAAAAUGUGCCCGUCUCUCGCGAGGCUGCUGCUGCCGAGACCUUCUGCAAGGAGCUGCACAAGAAGUAGGAUGAGGCCAACUGGUCGAAUCUUUAUUCUGGACUUUACUCACUCUAAGUGCAUUUAUUGUAGCUUUUUUAUACAACUGACUAAAACCUAUAGUGAAAAAAAAA